AUGCUGCAGAAGCGGGAGAAGGUGCUCCACCUGAGGACGUUCCAGGGCCGCACCGUGCGCAUCGUGAGGGAGCACUACCUGCGGCCCAGCGUGCCCUGUAACAGCCCGCUGUGCCCGCAGCCCACCCGCUGCCACAACGAUGGGAAACUUUUGUCCAGUGAUGUGACUCAUUAUGUUAUCCCUGACUGGAAAGUUGUUCAAGAUUACCUUGAGAUUCUUGAGUUUCCUGAGCUGAAAGGUAUUAUUUUCAUGCAAACAGCCUGUCAAGCUGUACAGCACCAAAGAGGACGAAGGCAGUAUAACAAACUUCGAAAUCUCCUGAAGGAUGCCCGUCAUGAUUGUAUUCUCUUUGCUAAUGAGUUCCAGCAGUACUCCUAUCUUCCCAGAGAAAGAGGAGAGUCUAUGGAAAAAUGGCAGACCAGGAGCAUUUACAAUGCAGCUGUGUGGUACUAUCACCACUGCCAAGACAGGAUGCCCAUUGUUAUGGUGACAGAAGAUGAAGAGGCAAUUCAACAGUAUGGAAGUGAAACUGAGGGCGUAUUUGUGAUUUCAUUCAAGAAUUAUCUGGACAAUUUUUGGCCUGAGUUAAAGGCUGCACACGAGCUGUGUGAUUCUAUACUUCAGGCUCGUCGUGAGAGGGAGCUUGAAAGCCAGGAGAACAAUGGGAAAGAAUACCCAGAACAUCUUCCUCUGGAAGUAUUAGAGGCCGGAAUUAAAUCUGGGAGAUAUAUCCAGGGAAUUCUCAACGUCAAUAAACACAGAGCACAAAUAGAAGCUUUUGUCCGACUCCAAGGAGCCAGCAGUAAAGACUCAGAUUUAAUCAGUGACAUCCUUGUUCAUGGCAUGAAAGCUCGAAAUCGCUCGAUCCAUGGUGAUGUGGUUGUAGUGGAACUACUCCCCAAAAAUGAAUGGAAAGGAAGGACUGCUGCUUUAUGUGAGAAUGAAAAUGAUGACAAAACACCAGGGGAGUCUCCCAGUGAACCUAUGCCCACAGGCAGAGUGGUAGGAAUCCUUCAGAAGAACUGGCGGGAUUAUGUGGUGACUUUUCCAUCUAAAGAAGAGGUUCAGUCGCAGGGCAAAAAUGCCCAGAAAAUCCUAGUUACUCCUUGGGAUUACAGAAUUCCCAAAAUCAGAAUCAGUACUCAGCAGGCAGAAGCACUACAGGACUUCAGGGUGGUUGUGCGUAUUGAUUCUUGGGAGUCAACAUCUGUAUAUCCAAACGGACAUUUUGUACGAGUUUUAGGAAAAAUAGGAGAUCUUGAGGGGGAAAUUGCAACAAUCCUGGUGGAGAAUAGUAUUUCAGUUGCCCCUUUCUCAGAAGCCCAGAUGUGUGAAAUGCCAGUCAACACCCCAGAGAAUCCCUGGAAAGUGAAUCCUGAGGAGGAACGGGAGCGCAUCGAUUUGAGAAAAACUCAUCUUGUGUUCAGCAUUGACCCAAAAGGCUGUGAAGAUGUGGAUGACGCUCUAUCAGUCAGAACCUUAAAUAAUGGCAACUUGGAACUUGGCGUCCAUAUCGCAGAUGUAACUCACUUUGUGACAACAAAUUCUUAUACUGAUAUUGAAGCUAGAACCAGGGCAACUACUUACUAUUUAGCAGAUCGUCGAUAUGAUAUGCUGCCCUCCAUCCUGAGUGCUGAUCUGUGCUCCCUGCUUGGAGGAGUUGAUCGCUAUGCCGUAAGUGUCAUGUGGGAGUUAGACAAAAAUUCCUUUGAGAUUAAAAAAGUGUGGUACGGUAGAACCAUCCUUCAGUCUGCAUAUAAGCUUUAUUACGAGGCGGCCCAGGACCUAUUGGAUGGAAACUUUAGUGUUGUUGACGACAUUCCCGAAUUCGAGGAAAUGGAUGAGAAAAGCCGACGAGCCAAACGGGACGAGUUGGUGUGGGCGAUCGGCAAGCUGACGGACAUAGCCCGGCACGUGCGGGCUAAACGGGACAGCUGCGGAGCCCUGGAACUGGAAGGAGUCGAGGUGCGGGUGCAGCUCGAUGACAAGAAGAACAUCCACGACCUCAUCCCCAAGCAGCCCCUGGAGGUUCAUGAGACCGUGGCGGAAUGCAUGAUCCUGGCCAAUCACUGGGUCGCGAAGAAGAUCUGGGAGAACUUCCCUCACCAGGCCUUGCUGCGCCAGCACCCGCCUCCACACCAGGAAUUUUUUUCUGAGCUCCGGGAAUGUGCUAAAGCAAAAGGCUUUUCCAUGGAUACCCGGUCUAAUAAAACGCUAGCCGAUUCCCUUGAUCAUGCCAACGACCCAAGGGAUCCCCUGGUGAACAGAAUACUGCGUUCUAUGGCCACCCAGGCAAUGUCGAACGCAGUGUACUUCUCCACGGGAUCUUGUGCAGAGGAUGAGUUCCAUCAUUACGGACUUGCAUUAGAUAAAUAUACUCAUUUCACUUCUCCAAUUAGAAGAUAUUCAGAUAUCGUUGUGCACCGAUUGUUAAUGGCAGCAAUUUCAAAAGAUAAUAAAACAGAGAUUAAGGAAAAUUUGUUCAGCAGCAAAGACCUGGAGGAAUUAUGCCGACAUAUUAAUAACAGGAACAGAGCGGCCCAGCAUGCCCAAAAACAGUCUACCGAACUUUUCCAGUGUAUGUAUUUCAAAGACAAAGACCCUGAAAUUGAGGAGCGUUGUAUAGCUGAUGGAGUCAUUUAUUCAAUUAGAACAAAUGGCGUGCUUGUAUUUAUACCAAGGUUUGGAAUUAAAGGUGCUGCUUACCUGAAGAAUAAAGACGGCCUAGUGAUCUCAUGCCGUCAGGAUGGAUGUUCUGAAUGGAAACCAGGAUCACUUCAACGAUUUCAAAACAAAAUCACUUCUACCACAGUAGGGGGCGAAUCCAUUACAUUUAGCUUGUUUGAUCAUGUGACAGUAAGGAUAUCUGUGCAGGCCUCCCGUUGCCAUGCUGACACAAUCAGGCUUGAAAUCAUCCGCAACAAACCAUACAAGCUAUCAGAAAUGGAAUUUUCUCAACAGAAUUCCCUUUUAAUGAAAAAUGAAUUAGUGAAAGAAGUAACCAGGUCUGUCGAAGAAGCUCAGCUUGCCCAGGAAGAAGCCAAAGUCAGAAUCAUUCAGGAAGACUAUCAGGAAUAUUGCCAGACAAAAGGGACUAGCUUGUACACACUUCUAGAGGAAAUAAGGGACUUGGCUCUUCUGGACCUGUCAACCAAUUAUGGAAUAUAAAAUACAAUUCUUUGUUAUUCCACCUAA